AUGAUACUGAUUAAAACGGCAAUGAAAGUGACAGAACGCAUGAGGAGUGGGCGACGGAGGAUACAGGAAACGAGAAUCAAGUGUACUGCAGGUAAUGACUCGGAACGGUUGAUGUGCAGGAAUGGAGCUGACACUCAACCACUUCAGCUACUCUACCCACUGAAUCCUGUCACUCCACAAUCACUCACUGAACUCUGUCUUCACAGUCACAUCAUCUACACUUUUUCUUCUUCUCACCUUCACUUCCAAUUCUGUGCUUUUUCUUCUAUGGUCUAUGUACAUCAGAACGUCCGUUCUCCCUUUCUUUCCGCCUCGAGCUCGUCGCUGGCAUGGCGCUCCUUCGCCUCCAACCGCUCCAAAGCUUUCCGCUUGGCUAUGACUGUGCGGGCCUUUCGUUCUCCUCCAUUCUUCUUCUUUCCUCGUUUAUGUUCACGCAAAGGUUCCAAAUCAUUAACAAAUUUGUGUUUCCACCGAAGCAUAUAUUUUCUCGUGGACACGUCGAUGCCCAUCUCCUUCAUAUCUUUGGAACUCGUGGCUAAAAACUUAUCCAAAUUGCCUUCAAAUGAGUCCAAAUGUUCAUUGCAAUUGCGACCUAUAAGCUUGAAAAAUGUCUCGAGAUCAUGGACAUUUUCCUUUGUUCUCGUGGACGUGUUUGUCCUGAACACGGGCGCUGAGUAUGUAAACGUCCUCACCAAAAGAGGCGCUCGGAUAACGGGAGUGAAACAGGACCGGAGUACGGGAAACAUAAAGAGUUAG